AUUUCGGUCUUUUAGCACGAUCGAAAAUGGCAACUCGAUACACCAAAUUGACGAGGGAUCGACGAAAGUGUAUCGUCAUUCGACAAAGAAGGAGCGAACUCUUUUCUGAGAGACUGGUUGCAAAAACAAAAAGGAGAGAAAGGCAAAGACGCAACUGAAAUCGAAAAUAACAUAUACAUACUACACCAUGAGACUAUUGUGCUCCGUGUUAUUGCUCUGUGCGGUUGGGGCGGUGUCGGGACAGGGACAACCGGUAGAGGCCAUCUAUCGUCCAGCGGAUGGGUUUUACAUUUGUCCACAGCCUGGAAACGUCUGCAACGUAGUUGGUUGUGACAAGGGUAUCUGCAGCAUUAUCAACAAUGGGUUUGACGAGAGCACGGUAGACGGGAGAGUGGUGUAUACCUCGAGGUCGCCCAAUGCGGAUCUUUCAAUUGCCGGAGGAGACGAUACCACGGCCAUUCGUUGCGAAAGCUCAUGUACAUGCCAAGAAAUUUUCCGAGGGGUUGGCUGCAACGUUCCGGGAUCGGAGAAGUUGUCCGAAGGAAUUCUAGACGGCCACGGAUCCAACGUUAUGGAAUACCCCAAGGAAACCCCCAAGGAAGAACCGACAAAGGAUAGUACACUGAGCGUACUCAAUGCAGAAUCCAGCGCCAUGAACAGCUUGGUGUUGGGAGGCUCUGCGAUUUUCUCUGUGGUGGCCUUUCUGUGGCAGAUUUGAACAACAUUUCCAAAAGCAAUUGGUUGCAUGUUGCUUGCAUGUUGCUGUACAUGAGUGCAACAGAUACCGGUAUUAUAUUACAUUACAUUUUAUAGAAGAUGCAUGCUGUAAGAGGGGACAUCUGGUGCGAAGGUCAACAAUUCCCACCUAGUUCGAAUGGAUUUUUUGUUUC